AUGGCAACGACCAUGUCCCCCCGCCUCGUCCGCCUUGCCCCUCCCCUCGCCCACCUUCGACCGACCGCAGGUUCCCGGGUGUUCGUGGCGCGGUUCAGUACGAGCGAUGACGACGUCAUAAAAACCCAGCAGAUCCCGGCGCCGGGAUCCGGGCAUGUACGCGUGCUACAAAUGAAUCGCCCCCAGGCCCGCAAUGCGAUCUCGCGUCACCUGCUCGAAACCCUCUCUAAGCAGGUAAAUGACAUUGCCGCGGAAGGGGGUAAUGGGCCUACCAGAGCUUUGGUGGUGGCAAGCAAUGUGGAUGCAGCAUUCUGCGCAGGCGCAGAUCUCAAGGAACGAGCCAAUAUGAGCCAGGCCGAGACAGAAGCAUUCCUCGAGAAGCUCCGCGGCACCUUUAAAGACCUCGCCGCCCUCCAAAUCCCCACAAUCUCCGGAAUCUCGUCCAUGGCCCUCGGUGGCGGCCUGGAACUCGCGCUAUGCACCCACCUGCGCGUGUUCGGCUCGUCCAGCGUAGUCGGACUCCCCGAAACCCGGCUCGCCAUCAUCCCAGGUGCCGGCGGCACGUACCGUCUGCCCGGGUUGAUCGGGGUGCCGCGCGCGCGAGACCUCAUCCUGACCGGCCGUCGGGUGUCGGGCCCAGAGUCCUACUUCAUUGGGCUCUGCGACCGCCUGGUCGAGGUGCUUCCGGAAGAAGCAGCCCAAGAGGGCGUGGCGCGCGAGAAGGUUCUACGCGAAAGUAUUAAACUGGCGCUGGAUAUCUGCGAGGGCGGGCCCAUUGCCAUCAGACAGGCUCUGCGGGCUGUGCAGGGGUUCGCACUGGGUGAGGUGGCUGAGAAUGACGCCUAUGCCGGGGUCGUCGAGACAGAUGAUCGGUACGAGGCGUUGCGCGCCUUUGCGGAAAAGCGGAAGCCUGCGUUCCGGGGGAGGUAG